CCUUAUCAUGACGCUGACCAAUCAGGAGAGGAGGGGGCGUGUCCUUGGGCUCCAUUCUUCACUGAGCUGAGAACACAACAACAAGCGGAGACAACACGAAUGGCUGAAGUCUGAAUAAAACAUUAAACAGACAGCUGCAGCUAUGGGCAAGUCCCAGUCACACUUGGCCAAGCACAAAGACGAGAGUCAGGACGCGCUGACGGGUGCGGGCGACAGUCAGUCAGAAGAGGAUGGAAAGAACGGAGACGUUUCUCAGUUCCCUUACGUGGAGUUCACGGGACGAGACAGCGUCACGUGUCCCACAUGUCAGGGCACCGGCAGAAUCCCCAGAGGUCAGGAGAAUCAGCUGGUGGCUCUGAUUCCUUACAGCGACCAGAGGCUCAGGCCGAGCAGGACAAAGCUGUAUGUCACGAUAUCAGUGGCCCUGUGCCUGCUGCUGUCCUGUCUGGCUGUCUUCUUUUUGUUCCCUCGCUCUAUUGAUGUCUCCUACGUGGGGGUGAAGACCGCCUACGUCUCCUACGACCUGGACAAACGAAUCGUCUAUCUCAACAUCACCAGCACUCUGAACAUCACCAACAACAACUACUACGCCGUGUCUGUGACCAACAUCACAGCCCAGGUGCAAUUCUCCAAGACGGUGAUAGGGAAGACCAAGUUCAGCAACAGCUCAGUGAUCAUCCCGCUGGAUGAGCGGCAGAUUGAUUACACAGUUCCCACCACCAUCGCUGAUGAGAUGAGUUAUAUGUUUGAUUACUGCACCCUGUCCACCAUCAAAGUCCACAACAUCGUGGUCAUGAUGCAGGUCACGGUGACAACAUCGUACUUUGGCCACGCGGAGCAGGUCUCCCAGGAGAUGUACCAGUACGUGGACUGCGGGGGAAACACCACCACCUUGCGCGGGCAUAUGCAGGUCUACUAAAGAAGGCAAAGAGAAGGGCACAGAUGGGGUGUCACAUACUGCUGUGGCCGAGGGACUCACAGAGAUGAUGGGCUGAAUCUCUGCUUAGUGACUAUUGAAUCAUGAACGGGGUCAUAAUCUUUCUUAAAUCAGUCACAUGGCUCAUCCAUUCUUUAACUCCCAACCACUUUCUUCCUUUCACGCGUCAGUUUUUGAUGUUCGGAGAGGUAUCGGAGGGUAACAUGUCAAACAGAGCCGGGUAAAGAAGAGAAAUCUUACCUUCCAGAGACAGCGUUUUGCAGGAUUCGCCUCGAGGUCUGUUAUCAUUCUCCACCCUGGUGCCAACAAAGUAAACAGAUGAUUUAUUAUUCAGGUUAUUGGUUGACAUUCCCAUCAUGUUUACACUGUCACUCCUCAAUAAUAAAAUAAACAGCUAGAAGCAGUAGUUUCUGAUAUAAUGCACUUUAACCCUGCUUUUAGAUAUUUGAAUUCUGAGUGAGUACGUCAGGAAUACUGCACUGCUAUCACCGUCUACUGUUCAAUACCACUUUAACUGAAUAACACAACAAACCUGAGAGGCAGGGCGAGCUUCAGACUGAGAAAACCACUGAGCAGCAGGUUCCACACUGCUUCUUUUAAAACCACCAUGUCAUUCCUCCCUACAGCGUGGCUCCCUUUUUAUUUUGAUAAAUGAUAUUCAUUAGCUCAGUAUAGAUGACGUUUUAUCUUUUCUCCUGUUUUUUGCUUCUUCAUGCUCGAGUUCAGGUAGUUCUAGUCUUCUUUAUGUAUCAUUUAAGAGGGUAAUUUAAAAGCAAAGUGACUACUGUGAAGACUGUAACAUAGUGAGAGUUUGUAAAAGGGAUAUUUUUAAUUUCAGAGAUAGCGAUAGAAGCAGAGAUGUGUACAUGUUGAUAUGAGUUUUCCUUCGGCGUGCUCCAUGACAUGUUUUAAUGACUCUUUCUUUCUUGUGUGAGAGACACUUCCUUCCUUUUAAUGAGGCUGUCCUACUUUUGUGGACUGUGGUGUCAUUAGCAUUAGUGAGUUUUGCACUUUUUCAAUACAUCUGCUCUGCAUCUUAAACAUGCUGUCCUUCUUCAUUUUUGUUUUUAUGAUUAUGAUUGUUACUUUUAUCAGGCGGCAUCACUUUGAAUUGGCUGAUGAUUAAAGGAGGUGAAUAAAAUCAUGUUCUGAUAAUGUCAUGAACUCAAGGCCCAUACCACAGAAAUAUUACAAACACUCAUUCUCUCAGUUUAGAGUUUCUGAUCUUUGUUCAAACAGAUUAAUAAAAUGUCAUUUUGCAAGUUUUCAUAAAGUCAAUAAUCCGUCGACACAUCCUCCAAAGAAAAUUGUGGAUUAACCUUCUUGAUAUUUGCUCACAGAUGAUUUGAAUCUCUUUGUUACAACCUCCCUAAAGUGUGUUUUUGUUUCUGAUGCAUGAAGCUGAAAAUAAAGUCAACUUAUUUUGAAAGUU